AGAGAGAGAAGAAAAAAAAAAACAGUAAACAGAAAUUGAAAAGGCGCGUAAAACCCUGCCCUAGAAGUACUUGAAAUUUUUUGCUUUAUUAGAGCUGGAAAGUCCUUCGAUAUCAGUGUCAUCCUCGCGCAGGGUUUAACUUCAAAUUCCAAAUAGCAAAGCCCCAGUUUUCAGGACCCUUCAUGGAUCGUCUUCGCCCUAGAGAGAGAAAGGAUUUUUCUGGAUUUACAAAGGCCGAGGUGGAGAAAAUGGAGAAGUUGCUCAGGGAAUCAGGAGAACAGUUGCUGAACAAGGAAUUUUGUCAAAAACUUGCAAAAAGAUUUAAUUGCUCUGUUGGUCGUGCUGGAAAACCUGUCGUGAAAUGGAUUGAGAUACAAAGUUGGUUCCAGGGUAGGCAGCCGGACUGCCCGUCCAAAGAAUGUUCUUCACAUGAUGGCAUUAAAACACUGGCUGUUUACCCAGAAGCUCACCCUUCGAAUAAAGCACAUGAAAGUACAGAAAUGCCUAAAGGAGAAACAGUCCCUGAUCUUUCAGAGUUAGAAUUUGAAGCUAGGUCAUCAAAAGAUGGAGCAUGGUACGAUGUUGAUACAUUCCUUGCCCACAGAUUUGUUAGCUCAGGUGAACCUGAAGUUCGUGUACGGUUUGUUGGGUUUGGGGCUGAGGAGGAUGAGUGGGUAAAUGUAAAAGCAGCCGUACGGGAGCGUUCUCAACCCUUGGAGCCUUCAGAAUGUCAAAAAAUAAAAGUUGGAGAUAUUGUACUCUGCUUUCAGGAGAGGAGGGAUCAAGCAAUAUAUUACGAUGCCCAUGUUCUUGAAAUUCAAAGGAGAAUGCAUGAUAUAAGAGGCUGCAGAUGUUUGUUCUUGGUUCGAUAUGAUCAUGACAACAGUGAGGAAAGAGUUCGGUUGAGGAGGAUAUGUUGCAGGCCGACCUAUUAAGUAUCUUUGUUUAGGUUGAUGCUUUGAUUUAUCUACUCAAAAUCCUGGGAUUUUGCUCGGUUGGAUAGGAGGGGCAGGCAUUUUGGUGGAGGGAUACAUUGCAGGGAGGCCCCUGCGUGUGUGUGAUUGAUUGAUGAGACUCUGCAACAGGCAGAGACACAUGUAUACUCUGCUGACGCAGUUUUUAGAAUGUAGUCUUAUUUUUGGUCCCAGAUGGAAUAGAAUGGAAUGGAAUGGAAGGGGGUAUGCAUCACCGGAGCUGCAGUUAUGUAUGGUCUGAUCCUGACUUCCAAUUUUGCUGGUGCGAAGGCAUGAGGGUGUAGCACUUAUAAUAAAUAUGUUUGAUCUGGUAGAAUCGUUGGUUUCAUUUUCUUGAA